AUGGCCCGUACCAAGCAAACCGCUCGUAAGUCCACUGGUGGCAAGGCCCCCCGCAAGCAGCUCGCCGCCAAGGCUGCUCGCAAGACCGCUCCGGCCGCCGCCGGUGGUGUCAAGAAGCCCCAUCGCUUCCGCCCGGGUACCGUCGCCCUCCGUGAGAUCCGUCGGUACCAGAAGUCCACCGAGCUCCUCAUCCGCAAGCUGCCCUUCCAGCGGUUGGUCCGUGAGAUUGCGCAGGACUUCAAGACGGAUCUCCGUUUCCAGUCCUCCGCCGUCAUGGCCCUGCAGGAGGCUGCUGAGGCCUACCUCGUCUCCCUCUUCGAGGACACCAACCUUGCGGCAAUCCACGCUAAGCGUGUGACUAUCCAACCCAAGGACCUCGCGCUUGCGCGCCGCCUCCGUGGUGAGCGU